AUCAUUCAAGAUGGCUGCCCCCAUCAAGAUGACCGGGGUGUGCCUGGGGGAAAGGGGCAGCAUGAUGGUAUGAGACGGUCUAGCGUCGGACCAUGUGGAAGUUUCUGGGACUGGGGAGCCGGAUAAUGGGGGGUGGGACCCGUGCGGGGUAGAGGGAGCAAUAGCGUCCUUUCCCAGGCGAACCCCGGCCCCUCCCCUGAUCUCUGGACUGAAAUGGGGAACACAUUGGGCCUGGCACCGAUGGGGGCUUUGCCCCGCCGGAGCCCCCGUCGAGAGGAACCUCUCCCCAACCCUGGGAGCUUCGAUGAGCUGCACCGGCUAUGCAAAGAUGUAUUCCCAGCACAGAUGGAGGGAGUGAAGCUCGUUGUCAACAAGGUUCUGAGCAGCCAUUUCCAGGUGGCUCACACUGUGCACAUGAGUGCUCUGGGCUUGCCGGGCUAUCACCUCCAUGCGGCCUAUGCAGGGGACUGGCAACUUAGCCCAAAUGAGACGCAGCAGGCCAAGUUCCUGACGUGGCAGUUUGAUGGCGAGUAUCGGGGAGAUGACUACACAGCCACUCUGACCCUAGGAAAUCCUGACCUGAUUGGGGAAUCGGUGAUCAUGGUUGCUCACUUCCUGCAGAGCCUCACUCAUCGGCUGGUGUUGGGAGGAGAGCUAGUUUAUCACCGGCGGCCAGGCGAAGAGGGGGCCAUUUUGACACUGGCUGGGAAGUACUCGGCUGUACACUGGGUAGCUACCUUGAAUGUGGGAUCAGGUGGGGCCCAUGCAAGUUAUUACCACAAGGCAAAUGAACAGGUUCAGGUUGGAGUGGAGUUUGAGGCAAAUACGAGGCUGCAAGACACAACUUUCUCCUUUGGUUACCACCUGACUCUGCCCCAGGCCAACAUGGUAUUUAGAGGCUUGGUGGAUAGUAACUGGUGUGUGGGUGCUGUGCUGGAGAAGAAGAUGCCCCCCCUGCCCGUCACCCUCGCCCUUGGAGCCUUCCUUAAUCACUGGCGCAACAGAUUCCACUGUGGCUUCACCAUCACUGUGGGCUGAGGUUGUCCCAGAGCCAGCCCCCAUAACAGCUGGAACCUCCGAGUCAGGUGCCCUGGGGCCAGGAACUAGGCCCCUCUCAAGAGCCCACCUUGCUGGGUGACCUCUAGGUCCCAGGAGCAGAGUGGGGACAGUACAUGCCCUCCUCAGAACUGGAGCUGCCGCA